AUGCUGGUCUCCUUGACAGUUGGCAAGGUAGAUGCGGGCGUCGCCGUGCUCCUCACUCAGGAUAAUCGACUCAUUGAAUUCCCCUCUGUCCUCCUUCCAAACAACAUCGCCUCCGGCAGCAUUGUCGACAUUACCGUUGCACGCAACCAUGGCGCCGAAGCCGCCAGCGCAUCAGCUUUCCAAUCGCUCCAGAAACGCAUCUUGAACACCUACGGCGUCAAGACUCCGUCACCGCCAGUGCUGUGUCUGCGAAACGCAACGCAGACCUCGCUCGUCCUCGAAUGGGACCCCAUCGAUCUGGCGACCGCAUCCCUGAAGUCCCUCUCCCUCUACCGCAAUGGCUCCAAGGCCGGCUCGAUCCCGCGCCCCUUGGAGACGCGCAGCACCAAAAUCAGCGGUCUUGCCAUUCACUCCGAGUACACGUUCCACCUCGUCCUGCGCACGACGGCCGGCACCUACCAGUCGGAGAAGCUGACGUGUCGCACACACAAGAUGACCGACUUGUCGGGUAUCACCGUGACGCCGGGAGUCAUCGAUCCGCAACAAAAGGAGGCGCUCGGUGCUGCACUGGACCGCAUCGGCGGCAAGAUGAUUGACUCCGUCCGCAUCGACACCACCCACUUCGUCUGCACAGAAGGCCGCGGUCCGCUGUGGGAGAAGGCCGUGGAAAUGAACAUCCCGGUCGUCGUGCCCGAGUGGGUGGAUGCUUGCGAGUCGGAGGGAACCAUUGUCGGUGUGCGCAACUACUAUCUCAACGCAGACCCUAAGGCCCGCCAGCUCGGCGUCAUCCACGGCUCUUCCCACCAACGUACCACUUCGACCGCGUCUGUAUCCACUGCCGCCCAGCAGGGACGACCCAGCUCCCAGCCUCAACCCGAGGCGGAGCAGGACCAAUCAGCCGCAGAGCCGCCUGUGACUCCAUUCCCCGGGGGCGAGACGAGUAGCCAGCCACAAGCACAGACGCAGGAGAUCGGGUCGCAAGACGAGGACGACGUUCCCCCUCCGCCGCCACCUCCAAAGGACGAAGUCGAUGAAAAGGAAGAGCCUGCGGUCCAGAAUGGAGAGUCAGCAGCAGCCGCUCCAUCAGACGAGAAGACCGAAGCCGAGGCCGAGACUGAAGCUAAAGCUGAAACCGAAGCCGAAGCCGAAGCGGAGAGCGACGAAGAGACAACCAAGGAGAAGACUCUUCCCCAGAACAGACCAGAAGGAGAUGCCGAGCCAACAAAUACCGGCAAGCCGAAUGGCAAAGGGAAAGAGGGCGAGGGCGACUUCAAUGAAGUACCUCUGUGA